GGUGGACUUAGACAUUCAAAAGCCUAAGCAAGGUCCAGUGGCUUCUUCCUGAUGCUUGAUAUAGACUCACAGCUAUUUCUCCAGCACCAUGUCUCCCUGCCUGCUGCCAGGCUCCCUACCAUGAUGAUGGUGGAUUAAACCUCUGAAACUGUUCACCCAUAAUUUGAGAGAUGGUGAAUGAAUACAAGAGAAUUGUUCUUCUGACAGGAUUAAUGGAUAUUACUGACCAUGAGUUUAAAAUGGUUAAGGCCUUGUUGAGAAAAGAACUAAAACUAAAUAAAAUGCAAGAUAAGUAUGACAGAGUUAAGAUUGCUGACUUGAUGGAGGACAAGUUCCCAAAAGAUGCUGGAUUGGACCAACUGAUAAAACUGUAUAAGGAGAUUCCUGGACUUAGAAACAUUGCUGAUACACUCAAGAAAGCAAAGGCAAAAGCUAAAAUGAAACAGAUAAAGAAAAGGAAAACAGCAGAGAAAAGACAAAGACGAGAAGAACCCAGUACUUCCCAACCUAUGUCCACCAUAAAUGAAGAUGUGGAACCAGAAACAGGCAGGAGGAGUACACAGGUCAUCAAGGCUAGGAAGUGAAAAGCAACCACUUGGUCCUGCUUCAGUUAUGAAACUGCACAAAUUCUUGUCAUGGAGACUAUGAUUCCACUGAUGUUCAUACAGAUAAGAUCCAGUUCCAACUCUUAAAAAAAAAGUCAUUCAACUGAUUAAAGCCAGUUUUUUUGCUCUAGGAAA